AAGUGAAUCAAUUACUAAUGCACGAAGAGUUAGGUGACAGAAAACCUUCGCAAUUCCUUCGGCACUUGCAACAUUUGGCUGGACCAGGUAUACCUGAUGACUUUCUUCGAACUAUCUGGAUGAGUCGAUUACCAAAUAGCACGCAAACAAUCAUCGUGUCACAAACGACCACUUCCCUUGAAGCACUAGCAGAGCUAGCGGACAAAAUUCAUGACGUGGUUCCUCCGUAUCCACAAGUAGCAUCUACAUCAAGCCAUGCACCAGAGGACAGAGUACAGAAAUUGGAAGGUCAAAUAGCUGAGCUCACCAGGCAAGUGAAGACCCUAACAACUCACUUAAACAAGAGGCGUCCUAGAUUACGAAGUAGAAGCCGCCCGAGAAGCAACACCAGAUCUCCUUCCAGUCACAAGAGGUUCCCUACGUGCUGGUAUCAUAGUAAAUACGGCGAUCGUGCAAGUAAGUGCAUUAAACCUUGUGACUAUUCUCAGUCGGGAAAUGUGCAAGGCAAUCGAUAACGGCGACCUACGAUUGCCCAAGUACUGGUCGCUUAUUCGUUACUGACCGCAAUACGAAGAUGCAGUUUCUCGUUGAUACAGGCAGCGAUCUCUGUGUUUUCCCGCGAGCGGCUAUUAAAGAGGAUAGGCGAAAAACUAAUUAUGAACUAAGUGCAGCUAACGGUUCUGUAAUAAAUACUUAUGGGUAUAUUCAUUUAACGUUAAAUUUAGGUUUGCGCCGUGACUUUACUUGGCAAUUUGUGGUAGCAGAUGUAACAAAAGCAAUUAUCGGUGUAGAUUUUUUGUCAUUUUACAAUUUGAUUGUUGAUUGUAGAAAUAAACGCCUUAUAGACGGCGUCACAUCACUCUCCACCAUAGCUUUGCCUGCUAAUUUAGAUAUAUUUUCUGUGAAGAUUGUUACUGGUGAUUCGGUUUAUCAUGAUGUCUUAAAAGAGUUUCCGGAUAUUACACGCCCAGCAGGGGUUCAGGGUGUGUCUAAGCACAAUACAGUGCAUCACAUCCGAACCACUCCGGGGCCGCCGGUAGCCUGUACACCUAGGCGAUUAUCGCCUGAUAAGUUAAAAAUAGCAAAAGAGGAGUUUGCAGCAAUGUUAAAGGUUGGUAUUGCUAGGCCUUCAGAAUCACCAUGGUCGUCGCCAUUGCAUCUUACACCUAAGAAGGAUAAUGGGUGGCGGCCAUGUGGUGACUACAGAGCACUGAAUGCUAGAACAAUUCCAGACCGCUACCCCAUACGCCAUAUUCAGGAUUUUGCUCACAAUAUUUCCGGCUGUAAAAUAUUUACAACGUUAGAUCUAGUGAAAGCCUACAAUCAAAUUCCGGUCAACGAAGCAGAUAUUCCUAAAACUGCUAUUACAACGCCUUUUGGACUUUACGAAUUCCCGUUCAUGAAUUUCGGGCUCCGUAAUAGUGCGCAAACGUUUCAGCGCUUUGUAGAUGAAAUGACUCGUGGCCUAGAUUUUUGCUAUGCUUAUUUAGAUGACUUUUUAGUGUACUCAAAGGACCAAGAGACACAUAAAGAUCACCUUCGUCAGAUUUUUACUCGUCUAAAGAAGUUUGGGAUGGUAAUAAACACAGCUAAAUGCGUAUUUGGGUCCGACGAGGUUAUAUUUUUAGGCUAUCAUAUUUCAGCAGAGGGUUCGAAGCCACAACCAUCCAAAGUAGAAGCGAUUAAAAGCUUUCCAAGACCAAAAACCGUCAAAGAGUUAAGAAGAUUUUUAGGCAUGCUUAACUUUUACAGAAGAUUCAUCCCCAAUGCAGCUAAGUAUCAAGUGCCUCUGAACGAACUCUUGACAGGUGCAGUUAAAGGUUCUCAUCCGAUUCAGAUGUCCACGGAACAAUUAGAAGCAUUUGAAUCAUGCAAGCAGAGCUUAUGCCAAGCUACACUUUUAGCACAUCCUGAUUGUUCUGCUAAAAUAGCUUUGGUGACGGAUGCUUCUGAUACUGCAAUUGGUGCUGUAUUGCAGCAGCGUAAGGAAGGUUCAUGGCAGCCACUUGCAUUUUUCUCACAAAAGCUAAGUGUAGCACAAAAAAAGUAUUCGCCAUAUGAUCGCGAACUUCUAGCUGUCUAUGAAGCUAUCAAGCACUUUAGGCAUAUGCUGGAAGCUAGAGAAUUUACUAUCUAUUCAGACCAUAAGCCCCUUUGUUACGCAUUUCACUCACGUAAAGAAAAUUGCUCACCAAGACAGUUCAGACACCUCGAUUUUAUUUCUCAAUUUACUACUGACAUCAGACACAUCUCAGGAAAGAACAAUGUGGUAGCUGAUACUUUAUCAAGAAUCGAAGACAUUACUCAGCCCAUUGAUAUGACAGUGUUAGCUAAAGCUCAAGUCUCCGACGCAGAACUACAACAACUCCUGAACAGUAGUACUUCCUUAUGCCUCAAAAAACUUAAAAUACCAGGUACUCAUACUGAACUGUACUGCGAUGAGAGAAGCAAUCCACCGAGGCCAUACGUAACAAAGGAACUUCGAAAAUUUGAAAACCUUCAUUCUCUGAGUCAUCCUGGGGCGAACGCCACAGCCAAACUGGUAUCUGAAAGAUUUGUGUGGCCAGGUGUUAGAAGAGACUGCCGAGAAUGGACCAGAACAUGCUUAGCAUGUCAACGUGCAAAAAUCACUAGACAUGUGAAUUCACCCAUAGGCACUUUCAAAUUACCGCGUGCUAGAUUUAUGCACGUUCACAUAGAUCUGAUAGGACCAUUACCAUUGGCGCAAGGAUACCGAUAUUGUCUCACAGCAAUCGAUCGAUUUACUCGAUGGCCUGAGGCAAUACCGUUAGGUGAUAUUUCGGCAGAAACAGUAGCUAAAGCUUUAGUCUACGGUUGGAUAGCUCGUUUCGGAUGUCCAACAGACAUUAUAUCGGAUCGCGGAAGACAGUUUGAAUCAGCGUUAUUCAAGCGAUUAUCAGAUAUGGUGGGAUUUCAACAUAAAAAAACUACAGCCUACCAUCCAGCUUGCAACGGAUUAGUUGAGCGGUUUCAUAGACAACUGAAGGCCGCCAUCACCUGUCACUCAAAUGAAAACUGGGUCGAAGCUCUUCCUUUAGUAUUGUUAGGAAUACGUAGCGCUUUUAAAGCGGAUCUUCAAGCUUCAUCAGCAGAGUUGGUUUAUGGGGAAGCUAUUAGACUUCCAGGCGAAUUCUUUGUACCACAAGCUGAUGGGACAGCGGAUGUGACCGAGUAUAUAACACGAUUGCGUACAUUUGCGAAAAACUUACAUCCAUCUCCAGCGUCAAGGCAUAGUAAUAAUCGUUCAGUCUUUGUCUUUAAGGAUCUAGCAACAACCGACCAUGUUUUUCUAAGAGAUGACGCUCGUAGAUCUUUACAGCCUGCAUACUCUGGACCCCAUAAAGUAAUAAGCAGAGGAGAUAAAACGUUUAAAAUUCUUUUUAAUGGUAAACCAGUCACCGUAUCAAUAGAUCGUAUCAAACCUGCAUUUAUAUUACAUGAUAUAGACAAAACAACACACACUAGCACCACAAACAACAAUAACACUAACACCAAGAUCACACAAACCAGCACACCAAACAUUGAACAUAAAGUUACCAUAAAAAAGACACGAUCAGGAAGACAUGUACGUUAUCCUGAUUAUUUUCGCCCGUAGGCACGGUCUCUGGUGGGGGGUGAUGUGGUAUACAAAAUAUUAAUAUAAUAUAAUUUAAGUAAUGUAUAAGCAACUUUAAGUAAUUUCGUUACAUAUCAUCUUUAAAUUUAAAUAAUCUGUACAUAAAUAUAAAUGUUAUAAUUACAAACAGACAGUACUACAAAAAUUAUUAUAUGUACAUAAAUAUUAGCAGUGGCUAUUGUUCUAAUGCGGCGGUCGGUCCGAUGGCGCGAUGUCACCAGCAAACCGGUUCACCGCUGGCCGUCCUUGCUCCGAUCGCUUGCCCUGCGCUGUGCCACCAGUAACCAGUACGUUUUCGUAUGCCAUACUGUUCGCCCAUUUAUUCGUGUUAAGACAUUACUGUAUAGUUAAUAAGUUUACGUAAGACUUCUUAUAAUCGUGCUUUCUUUACAAACUUUAUAUUUGCUGUUAAUGUGAUAUUUAUAUGCUUAUACUUUCCACUCUAUUCUCUCCUUCUGUGUUGUUGUGAAAGACUUGUGUAUAAUUAUAAUUGUUCAACCUU